AUGAGGUCAACAAUAUGGGCAGCGGCACUAGCCCUCACGGGCCUGGCUGUCCGUUGUUGGGCCCAGGAGAUGCCGGCAUGCGCUAGCGACUGCCUGGUGAAAUACCUCCCGGAUUCCAAGUGUGACCCAACGGACAUGGACUGUGUAUGCUCAGACCUGACGUUGAUGGAUAACGUCGGGACCUGCACGCUCGGGGCUUGUUCCCUGUUCGACGCGCUUGCUGCCAAAAAUGCAACAGCGACGCUCUGCAAGGAGCCUGUCCGCGACAGGGGUAAUGUCGCCCCCAUAGCAACUGCCAUCACCGGCAGCAUGGCGCUCGCCUUCGUCCUCCUCCGGGUCUACGAGUCUGGGUUUCGGAAGAAGGAGUUCCAUUGGGCCGAUGUUUGGGCAAUACUAGCAAUGGCUCAUGGGAUGGGUAAAGACAUCUGGACCCUUCCGCCCGACGAGAUUACUGAGGUUGUCAAGUACACAUGGGUUACCCAAGUAUCUUACAUCCCUGCCAUCAUCUUAACCAAGAUCACCGUCUUGUGUUUCUUCUUGCAUGUAUUCCCUGCGCCAGGGUUCCAGAUGGCCUGUUGGGGUACAAUCGUCCACUGCGUCCUGUUCAUGGUAUCAACAACAAUUGCGGCAAUUCUCGCCUGCGUCCCUGUCGAAUCCGCCUGGGUUGCUUGGACUGGGACGGCGGAGGGUGUAUGCUUUGAUAACAACGCCUUCUGGUGGGCUCAUUCGGCUAUCAACAUCGUUACAGAUGUCUGGAUUUUGGCAUUGCCGAUCCCCCAGCUGCUGAAUCUCCAACUUGGGACAAGGAAGAAGGUUUACCUGAUCAUGAUGUUCAGCGUUGGUCUUGUCGUCAUCGAGUGCAACAUCUCCAUAAUGUGCUGCUGCAUGCCCGCGAUGCUCUCCUUCCUGCGGCACGUGCUGCCGGCCGUCUUCGGCAGCACCAACCGCUCCAAGCAUUACAACUACAACAACGGCGGCGGCGGCGGCGAGGACGGCAGCUACAAGAUCGGCGGCACGGGCGGCACGGGCGGCGGCCGCUCCGCCCUUCCCCUCCAACGCCAUCCAGAAGAGCGUCACCCACACGGUUUCGUAUUUUCCGCGCUCUGGGGACUCGGAUGA